AUGACCCAUGAGCAGAAUUUAGGGAUUGUUGAAGAAGAAAAGGGGAAUAUGGGGAAAUUAGGGAUUGAAAAUGGGAAAUUAGAUGAAGAGAAGAUGGAUAAGGAUAUUUCAUUACCUGCUGGACCUGGAACCUGGAGUGCUUUGGAACAGAGGAUGCAGGCUUUGGAGACUACCAUAAAUGAAACGAAAACCAUGCUCCAACAACUUUUGGGAUUGAUGCAGAAGGCUGGGACUGAGUCAGGACAUUCUUCUCCUGCAGAAAGGCAAUCAUUACCUACAGUUCAGCUUACAGAACCAACAUCUAAACCUAGUCUGCCACAUGAUGCUAUUCAACAAAUUCCUGAUGUUCUAAAAAUGAAAGCAAUAAACCAUACAACUGAAUCGGGGGAGCAAUCGAUCAUUAAAGGCGAUUCAUUUCUGGAAAAACAUUCCAGCAACAACAAUACAAGUAUGGUUUUUCCAAAACCAAAAAUAGAACUACAAUUAUUUGAUGGCAGUAAUCCUAGGAGUUGGAUUAGAAAAUGUGAGAAGUAUUUUUCUAUUUUUACUGUUCCUGAGCUUCAAAAAUUAGAGAUAGCUGCUAUGUAUUUCACUGGUAGAGUUGAUGUUUGGUUUGAUGGGUAUAUCAUGAAAAAGAGUAGGGUUACUUGGCAUGAGUUUGUCUCUGAUUUGUGUCAUCGAUUUGUUGAUAAGAGAUAUAUUGAUGUUAUUGAUAAGUUUAAUAAAUUAACUCAACUAUCUUCUGUGGAGGAGUAUGAAGCUCAGUUUGAGGAACUUCAACCUUAUCUACUUCAGAUUAAUCCUAAAUUAGGUGAGGAGUAUUUUGUUUCCAUCUUUUUGAGUGGUCUUAAAGAGGAAUUGAAACAUAAAGUUAAGGUUCGGGAACCAAAGACUGUAGCUGAAGCUGCUAGAAAAGCAAAAUUAUAUGAGUUAUCUUUGGAGGUGGAAAGAAAAAGAAUUAGAAGCACUCCAAGACCAAUGAUGUCAGGAAAUAAUACCAGUUUCAAAACACUUAAUUUUUCACUGAGUUCAUCUUUGAAAAACAGUCCAGGGAACACUCAAAACAAAAAACAAUUAUUGGAGUAUAGAAGAGCAAAUAAUUUAUGCUAUAAAUGUGGUGAUAAGUUUAUUCCAGGCCAUCACUGCAAAUUGAAGCAACUAAAUUCCAUGGAAGAGAUAGAAGAUCAAGAGGAAACUGAAGUAUUACAAGUAGUAUUUGAGGAAAAAGAUCCAGAGAUUUCUAUGAAUGCAAUUACUAGCAAUUCAGGAAGCAGUACUUUAAGGAUCCAAGGAUUCAUUAAAAAGAUACCACUCAGUAUCCUAAUUGACAGUGGCAGCACCCACAGUUUUGUCACUAACAGGUGGACUAAAGAAGGGUUGGAGUUUGAAGAAACUAAUCCCUUAGUUAUCACAGUGGCUAAUGGUGAUAAGCUUUACAGCACAACAAAAAGUAAACAAUUGAGCUGGAAGAUGCAAGAUUUUACUUUUGUACAUGAUUUUAGGGUUUUACCCCUUGGAGGCAGUGAUAUGGUGCUAGGAGUUGACUGGAUGAAGAAAUACAGUCCAGUUUUAAUGGAUUUUAACAAUAUGACUCUUAACUUUCAAAUGGGUGAACAGGAGAUUGUGUUGAAGGGAGGGUUACAUCCUAAUGCAAUGAAGAUAAUUCCAUGUAACAAGAUGCAAAAUAUGAUACUUAAAGAUCCUGAAGUAGUGGGGGAGAUCUAUAUAUUAAAUGCAGAGGUUGUUGUUAAUGAAAUACCUCCUACUCUACAAGCAGUAAUUACUGAUUAUAAAGUUGUGUUUGAAGAACCUACUGGGAUGCCUCCAAUAAGGAAGCAUGAUCAUUCUAUUACUCUUAAACCAGGAAUUGAAACAAUCAAUGUUAGACCCUAUAGGAUGCCUUAUCAUCAGAAGACAGAGGUUGAAAAACAAGUGGCUGAAAUGUUAGCAGCAUCAAUUAUUCAAACCAGCAAAAGUCCUUUUGCUUCACCUUGUUUAUUAGUUAAGAAGAAAUAUGGGAGCUAG